AUGCUGCUCCAGGCUGCACAGGCCGUGCUGGCUCUGGAAACAUCUACCUUCAUCUAUUCAACAGUCGCUCUCACGCUCCUCCUCAGCGUGGUAUUUGCGGCCAUCGUCAACAAUGGAGUCACAGCCUCCACCCGCCGCCAGCUGCGAAACCUGCACAGACUGGGGCUGCCCAGCAACAAGAGCAACAUGGCCGACCAGUAUGACUCCAAGUAUGCCAUCGCUGAAGACGAUGCAGCCCAGCACUCCAUCCGUAUCAAGUCAAUCUACAUCCACCCCGUCAAAUCAUGCGGCCCCGUGGAGGUGCACCGUGCGUUGCUCACCAAGACCGGCUUUUUGUACGACAGAUGCUUUGCCAUUGCAACCGUGGCAGAUGGGAAAUGGCGAUUUAUCAGUCAACGCACGAAACCAGCGAUGGCCUUGAUUGCGACCGAGUUGUGGCUGCCACAUAAGCACAGCGAUGCGUCCGAUCCCCUCGUCCAGGCAGGCGGCUGUCUAGUGUUGAGGUUUCAAGACCCUAAUGUUCGGGCUCCAUCUUGGACAGACUGUCUCGAGUCGCUCUUCUACAAUGGGAAUAUGGCAGUGACACCAGAGGUUUCUGCCAUUGUACCUCUUGAACCUCCAACCAGCCAACAAGAGAAGUACCAGAUAGAACAGAAGACAUUCACCAUCCACGGCCGUGAUACAAGCGGCCUCGACAUGAGCACUGUCCCAUCUGUGGCCGACGCCCUGCCUAAGCUGAAGCGCUUUCUGGGUCUUCCAGCGACCCAGCCGCUGGCACUGUUGCGAUGCAACGACGACUCGCUUACUCGGACAAACAAGAAUCUUGCUCCGCUUGAACAUAUCGGCUCGCCUUCUGUCCAUGCAUAUACAGACCAGCAGCCGGUCAACAUCAACAGCUUAUCCUCCGUGCAGGCUGUAUCUUCACUGCUACCCUCCGAGAACCAGCCACUCGAUGCCCUUCGCUUUCGCGCAAAUCUAUGGAUCACUGGAGCCCCAGCCUACGCAGAAGAGACCUGGAAGAGAUGCAGAGUCAGGCCCUCGGCAUCUGCCACCAAAGACCAAAGGGCGUCUGUGGCCCCGUCGUUGUCUGUUGUCUGCCGUACGUCUCGAUGUACGAUGCCGAAUGUCGACACAGCAACUGGCACGUUUGAGACAGAUCUGCCACCUGAGGGAAAGAAGAAGGGAAAGCCACAGCCAAGCACAACACUAGUCGAUUACCGAACGGUUGAAACUGGAAAUAAAUCGGCACUGGGAUAUCUGGGGAUGCACUGCGUGCCAGAGGAUCGGGAUCUCAAGGAUGCUGAGGCACAAGGAAAGGGGCUCUAUGUCGAAGUUGGGGAUGAGAUUGAGGUCCUUGAAAGAGGCGUGCACCUGUACGGUUCCACUGGGGAUGAUUACUAG